GCUCACCUCAGGAGAAGAGACAGCUGUCUCAUUUACAGGAAUAUAUUCUCAAUCUUACUGAGGAGGAGUGGAUGGCUUUCAGCAGCAUGCUGCAAUCUCCUAUGACAAGGUCACAGUUUACAGAACUGUGCAUGACCGUUUUGAAAGUAGUGAGCCUUAGCUCCAUUACAGUGAUUCUGCCGGCGUAUGUCUGUGUGGCAAAGGAUGCAUUCUUAAGGUCCACCACCCUCUCAGACACCACCUCAACUGAAAGGUCUCCUUCAUCAGUGCUGUGCCGUAGCUCACUGGCUACGUCUCCUGAGUCACUGGUGACGGAUGCAGACUUCACAGAUGAGAGCGCUGCGAGUGAAAGUACCUCGUCCUCUUCUCCUGAAAUCACUCGUGGUCCUGUGAGCGAACUGGUGCGCAGAAUGAAAGGGGCCCUGGCUACGUUCCGUAAAUCGGUUGCAUGGUACCCAGUGAUCACUGAGGUCUAUGACUCAGAAAUGGAUGCUGCAAGCUCUGUGAGUGAGUCCUCUGCCCACACGGAGGCCCAUGAUUUGACCUGCAUCACUGCUAUCCUGGAAAGACUGGUAGCCAGUGGAAACAUUGAGAAGGUCGCCAGGAACCUUGUCACUCAGAUUCAGGGUGUUCUCCAGAACAGCAGCCCAACCUCUAUUCCUGUGGCUGCUAGCAAAAGCCUGUCAGAUUCUGUCCUCGCUACGAAGGUUACAGUUCCAAAGCGGGUUGUAAGUGCUUCUAAUUUAGUUUAUACCUACGCUGAGGAUGCAAUCAAGAACUUGCUCCAGCCAUAUUUCUUCCCCCUUGUGGAAUGGAACACAAAUGAAGACGUUGCUUCGUCCACAAUGUUCUCAUCCAGGACCCAAAGCACACUCUCUGGCUCUUAUGCCACUAGUCGUCCACGUAGCUCCCAAUCUGCUGAUGCAGCCACUACCAAAGGUCCUUCCACUAGGCACCGCUGCAUCAUCCCCCAGGAGCCAAAGCACCCGAUCUGGCGCUGCAAGCUUUGA